AUGGCGACCCGGAAUCUGUUAUAUUUACGAACUAUCCCAACGUCUCUCGCUGAACUUCAAGCUGCAAUUACUCAGGGAAUACUCUUUUCAUCUUCUUCUAUCACAUCGAUCAAACACCUAGACAUCGCUAUUACCCUUCCUACAUCCUUCGGCGCCAACAUAUCCAGACGCCAUACAUUCCAUCAGGUGUCAAAUAUCAUCAAUAGAGUAUACACUCUAACGGAAGGCAUCAAUGAUGAUAUUGACGUUACUGUUAUUAUCCUUCACGAAGACUACAAUGCCUGCGGUGGGGUUAUCAGACACUGGAGUGAUCUCAGAAGACUAAACGAAGUUGGGGGGUGGUCAAACAUUCUAUGGGUUGAAGACGCAGACGAUCUUUUUGGACCAAAUUGCAAAAAUGUGAUACCUUUACAGAUAGAACACGAAAGUGUGAAUGAGAGAUGGUGGGAGAAUCAUUCCCAUGCGAUGGAGACACUGGCCGAAAGAGAAGAACAUAAAAUAUCUUGUGUUGGAGGAACUUUCGACUACCUACAUGCAGGACAUAAACUGCUCCUCACAAUGACUGCAUAUAUGAUUCCUUCCGGUACGACCUCGCCAAAGAUCAUAAUUGGACUUACCGGCGCCGAACUUCUCAAAAACAAGAAACACAAGGAAUACGUCACAUCAUGGGAAACUAGAUGCGAGGCUACGAUAUCUUUCUUACGUAGCGUUGUUGGCGAUACCCGUCCAGUCGCUUUCCAUUCAAAAGAAGAUACAGAAAUGGAAUUACAGAGUGAUCUGCCCACUUCUUCACGAAUAAAGCCAUUUGAACUCUCGUCACCGGUGGGGGGAGACCCAAUAACGGUUGAGAUGCAUGAAAUCCAAGACGCAUUUGGGCCGACUAUCACCAUGGAGGAAGUCAGUUGUCUAGUGGUUAGCGAAGAGACUAAAGGGGGCGGAAAGCUGAUAAAUGAUAAGAGGCAGGAUCUGGGAUGGAGUGAAUUAGAAGUGUUUACGGUGGGGUUAGUUGGCGGCGAUGGAACUGUGGCGACAAAGCUGAGUAGCACCGAGCUGAGGCGGCGGAGGGCCGAGAAAGCUGAUGUCCUUAAGGGAUUUGGGUCUUAG